UGUCCCGGUGCCGGUGCCCUCCGGUGCCGCCCCGCAGCACGCCUGCGCGGGGCCCGGGGCUGGCAGGCAGCGUGUAAGAUGAGUGAAGGAGCGGGUGGGGGGGGCGCGAGCGGGCGCGGAGAGGGAAGCUCUGUCAUUGAAAAUAGCUCACUUUGACAGUGGCGAGGCAGAGAGACAACCCGGAGUCGAUGUCACGGGCUGCCUACCUGCGAGGUGUGCAAAGAUGAUGGCCAUGAACGCCAAGCAGCCCUUCACCAUGCACGCUGCCCUCCAGGAGCCCAAGUACUCCAGCCUGCACUCCAGCUCGGAGGCUAUGCGCAGAGUUUGCCUCCCAGCCCCGCAGCUCCAGGGCAAUAUAUUUGGAAGCUUUGAUGAGAGCCUGCUGGCCCGCGCGGAGGCUCUGGCGGCUGUCGAUAUCGUCUCCCACGGCAAGAGCCACCCCUUCAAGCCGGACGCCACCUACCACACCAUGAGCAGCGUCCCCUGCACCUCGGCCGCCCCCGCCGCCCUGCCGCACCCCGCGGCGCUCACCUCGCACCCGCACCACGCCGCGCACCCGGCGCUGGACGGCGACCUCCUGGAGCACCUCUCGCCCUCGCUGGCCGUCGGCGGCCUGCCCGAGCCCCCGGCCGUGCCGGCGCCGCUGCCGCCGCACCCGCUGGGCGCCAUGGGCCACCUGGCCAUGGGCAUGGGCCCGCCGGGGGGCCCCGCGCCGCCGCUGCCCGCCGCGCCCCCCUGCCUGCCCGACGUGGAGUCCGACCCGCGGGAGCUCGAGGCCUUCGCCGAGCGCUUCAAGCAGCGCCGCAUCAAGCUGGGGGUGACCCAGGCCGACGUGGGGGCGGCCCUGGCCAACCUGAAGAUCCCGGGCGUGGGCUCGCUCAGCCAGAGCACCAUCUGCCGCUUCGAGUCGCUGACGCUGUCGCACAACAACAUGACGGCGCUGCGGCCGGUGCUGCAGGCCUGGCUGGAGGAGGCCGAGGCCGCGCACCGCGACCGCGCCGCCAAGCCCGAGCUCUUCGCGGGCGCCGAGCGCAAGCGCAAGCGGACCUCGAUCGCCGCGCCCGAGAAGCGCUCGCUGGAGGCCUACUUCGCGCUGCAGCCGCGGCCGUCCUCCGAGAAGAUCGCCGCCAUCGCCGAGAAGCUGGACCUCAAGAAGAACGUGGUGCGCGUCUGGUUCUGCAACCAGCGCCAGAAGCAGAAGCGCAUGAAGUACUCGGCCGUGCACUGACGGCGGCCCCGGCCCCGCCGCCCCGACGGCUCCGCACCGCGCCGCGGCUGCUGCGGGACGGGGCGAGGCCGCGCGGCCCCGCCGAGCGCCCGGACGGGGCGGGCCGGGCCGCCACCAGCCCCCCCCCCGAGC